AAUUUAAACGGCCUUCACCAUUCAAGUCGCGCGCGCGCGUCGUCAAGAAAAUUACUAAGUUCAAAAGUUGGUAGCGUACUAAACGUAUUCGUCGGUGUUCGCAUUUACUAGAGAGCGCGCGGCAAAAAAUUACUAUUCGCGUGAAACAGUGUAACAACAACAACAAAAAUAUCCACACAUUUGUUUGGGGAAAUAAUAUUUUGGAAAUAUAUCUAUCGCAUGAAACUCCCCGCAAGAGAAGUGAUCUUUUAAUAGAGAAAUAUUCCAAAUAUUUGCAUGUGUUUGUCGGUAAUUUUACAUCAACAAAAGAAAAAGAAGGAAUAAUAAAUAAUAUACAAAACGAGCGGCAGAGGAAAAAGAGCAGCCCUUGGCGGCAUUUUUUUGGUGCCAUAAACCGUUAGUUCUGUUCUCGCACAAAAUACACAAAAGAGAACACAUACAGAAAAAGCAAAAAGAAAAAGAGUUUUACUUAAAAUAAACCGCAAACUAAAAUAAAUGCCGAAAUAAAAUCGAAAUAUUGUGGCGCGUGCACGUGUGAGGCGGAGAAGGAGAAUAACAACAGCAAAUGCAAAACCAUGUGCCGCACUAAAUAGCAACAAAAUAAUACAAGAACGAGCAGAAGAAGUGUGGUCGAGGAAGAUUAAACGAAAUUCGCGAGAGAAGCUGCAGCUAAAAAGUAGCUGUAAAUUCUCGACUAAAGCAACAAUUAAACAAUAACGCGAUCGACUCUCUUCUCUCCUACACACACACACAACACACACGAGGAUUAUCACACUCACACACACACACACUCCCUACACACUCGCCGAAAUCACGCAGGAGAGAAACAAAAGCAACAGUAAACAUGCAUUGGAUUAAAUGUUUAUUAACAGCAUUCAUUUGCUUUACAGUCAUUGUGCAGGUUCACAGUUCCGGCAAUUUUGAAUUGCGGCUAAAAUAUUUUAGCAACGAGCAUGGAAGGGACAAUGAGGGUCGCUGCUGCAGCGGCGAAACGGAUGCGGCGACGGGCAAGUGUUUGGGUACUUGCAAAACCCGGUUUCGGGUUUGCUUGAAGCACUAUCAGGCGACCAUCGACACCACAUCGCAGUGCACCUACGGGGAUGUGGUGACACCCAUUCUGGGCGAGAAUUCGGUCAAUCUGACCGAUGCGCAACGCUUUCAAAAUAAGGGAUUCUCGAAUCCCAUUCAAUUUCCCUUUCAGUUUUCAUGGCCGGGCACCUUCUCGCUGAUCGUCGAGGCCUGGCAUGAUACGAACAACAGCGCCAACACCCGUGUAAACAAUCUACUCAUACAGCGGCUGUUGGUGCAGCAAGUCUUGGAGGUGUCCUCCGAUUGGAAGACCAACAAAUCGGAAUCACAGUACACAUCGCUGGAGUACGAUUUCCGUGUCACCUGCGACUCCAACUAUUAUGGCUCGGGCUGUGCCAAGUUCUGUCGCACGCGGGACGACUCCUUUGGCCACUCCAAGUGCUCGGAGACGGGCGAAAUUAUUUGCCUGAGCGGAUGGCAGGGCGAUUAUUGUCAUAUACCAAAAUGCGCCAAAGGCUGUGAGCAUGGACACUGCGAUAAACCCAAUCAAUGCGUUUGCCAAUUGGGAUGGAAGGGACCUCUGUGCAACGAGUGCGUGCUGGAGCCCAACUGCCUGCAUGGAACAUGCAACAAGCCCUGGACGUGCAUCUGCAACGAGGGGUGGGGUGGUCUGUACUGCAACCAGGACCUCAAUUACUGCACGAAUCAUCGUCCCUGCAAGAAUGGCGGCACCUGUUUCAACACCGGCGAGGGCCUCUACACGUGCAAGUGUGCGCCAGGGUUCAGUGGCGAUGACUGCGAAACGGAGAUCUACUCGUGCGAUGCCGGCGUCAAUCCCUGCCAGAACGGCGGCACCUGUGUGGACGAGCAGACGAAGGGAGGCUACAAGUGCAUGUGUGCCAAUGGCUGGAGCGGCAGGAUGUGCGAGGACAAGGUGCUAACGUGUGCGGACAAGCCCUGCCAUCAGGGCACCUGCCGCAAUGUGCGCGCCGGUCUGGGCAGCAAGGGGCAGGGGUUUCAGUGCGACUGCCCCGGCGGAUACAGCGGACCCACGUGCGAGCUACAGCUGGACAAUUGCCGACCGAAUCCCUGCCUGAACGGCGGCAGUUGCCAGCCGAACGGCAAGUGCAUUUGUCCCAGCGGCUUCACAGGCACCAAAUGCGAAACGAACGUCGACGACUGCCUGGACCACAAGUGCGAGAACGGCGGCACCUGCAUCGAUCAGGUGAAUCAGUAUCGCUGUCAGUGCGUGCCCGGCUUCCAUGGCUCCCACUGCAGCAGCAAGCUCGAUCUCUGCCUCAUCCGACCCUGCGCCAAUGGCGGCACUUGCCUAAACCUCAAGAACGACUUUCAAUGCACGUGCAGAGCGGGCUUCACCGGCAAGGAUUGCUCCAUUGACAUUGACGAGUGCAUCAGUGGACCCUGCCACAAUGGCGGCACCUGCAUGAAUCGCGUCAACAGCUUCGAGUGCGUCUGCGCUAAUGGAUUCCGUGGCAAGCAGUGCGACGAGGAGUCAUACGAUUCGGUCACGUUCGAUGCCCACCAAUACGGAGCCACGACUCAGGCCCGCGCCGAUGGUCUGACCAAUGCUCAGGUUGUGCUCAUUGCCGUCUUUUCGGUGGCCAUGCCGCUGGUGGCUGUCAUUGCCGCCUGUGUGGUCUUUUGCAUGAAACGGAAACGGAAGCGCGCCCAGGAGAAGGACGAUGCAGAGGCGCGCAAGCAAAACGAACAGAAUGCCGUGGCCACCAUGCAUCACAAUGGCAGUGCCGUGGGCGUGGGCCUCACGGCCGGUGCGCUCGGCGUCAAAACGGGCUCCAACAGCGGCCUGACCUUCGACAAUGGCAAUCCGAAUAUCAUCAAGAACACGUGGGACAAGUCGGUGAACAACAUCUGUGCCUCGGCGGCGGCGGCGGCAGCUGCUGCUGACGAGUGCCUCAUGUAUGGCGGCGCACUGUCCAACUAUGUGGCGCAGGCGGACAAUAAUGCCAACUCGGAGUUUUGCGGCGUGGGCCAGAUUGCACCAUUGCAGCGGGCCAAAUCCCAGAAGCAGCUCAACACAGAUCCCACGCUGAUGCAUAGGAGUGCCUCAGCAGCAGCAGCAGCAGCAGCCGCGGCGGGUGGCGCCUCUGGGACGGCCAAAGACUACAGCAGCGGCGGGCCCGUGGCUGAGGGCAAGCGCAUCUCCGUUUUGGGAGAGGGCUCGUACUGCAGCCAGCGGUGGCCGUCGCUCGCAGCGGCGGGUGUGGCAGGUGCAUGCUCCUCCCAAAUGAUGGCCGCUGCCUCGGCCACCGGCAGUGGGGCGGGGACGACGCAAAGGACAGUAGUCUGUGGCACGCCGCACAUGUAAAAAAAAAACCAAACACAAAAACUCACAGAAAGUAAAACACACAUACAAACACGCUCUCUGGUUAGAGGAGGAAAUACAAAGAAAAGACUGGGGUUGGGUUUUCGACACACACAAAAAAUAUAAAAGAAAUAUGUGAAAAAGAGACGCCAAAAUAUAUAUUUGGGGCCGCGAUACACACCGGCUUCGUUGUUGAUCGAAAUUGAAGCAGUUUAGUCGUCAGAAUAUCAGAAUAUCCAUUAAAAGAAAUACUAUAUCCCUCCCCGAUUUAAAUGUGACUUAAGCCUAAAGUAAAUGAUUUUUAUGUACCCUUAAAACAAAACAAAAAACCUUAAGUAAAGUUGCCUUUUUUCCAACCCAUAACUUGACCUUAGACCUUGACCCCUUUUCCCGGACGACGAGAGGAGUUGACCUCUCCACUAUACACGUUUUGACGUUUUGCAUGUUACUGAAAAAUCUGCUUCAAUUUAAUUCUAUUUCGCUAUAAAUUGUAAAUAUAACAACAGUAAAUUUAAAA